AUGGAAGAAUACAAAGUGUUGAAAGUACUAGGAGAGGGAUCCUUUGGCAGAGCUCUCCUGGUUCAUCAUAGAAUCAGUGAGCAGAAGUAUGCAAUGAAGGAAAUAAGACUUCCCAUGUCUUCGUCUGAUUUAGGGAACUCUCGUAAGGAAGCAGUUCUUUUGGCUAAAAUGAAACAUCCAAAUAUCGUUGCCUAUAAAGAAUCAUUUGAAGCUGAUGGACAUCUGUAUAUAGUGAUGGAAUAUUGUGAUGAUGGAGAUCUAAUGCAAAAGAUUAAACACCAAAGAGGAAAUUUGUUCCCUGAAGAUACGAUCCUUCACUGGUUUGUGCAGAUGUGCCUGGGUGUGAAGCACAUUCAUGAUAAACGUGUGUUGCACAGGGAUAUCAAAUCCAAGAACGUUUUCCUCACUCAAAAUGGAAAAGUCAAAUUGGGAGAUUUUGGAUCUGCGCGCCUUCUUGCACAUCCAGUGUCAUAUGCUUGCACAUAUGUGGGAACUCCUUAUUACGUACCUCCAGAAAUAUGGGAAAGCAUGCCAUACAACAACAAAAGUGAUAUAUGGUCUCUGGGAUGUAUUCUAUAUGAGCUGUGCACUCUUAGACAUCCAUUUCAAGCCAAUAGCUGGAAACAUCUCAUCCUUAAGAUAUGCCAAGGGUCCUACAGUCCACUACCAUCUCACUAUUCCUAUGAACUUCAUUACUUAAUAAAACAGAUGUUUAAGAGAAAUCCUAAGAAUCGUCCAUCAGCCAGUACUAUUCUUGCAAGAGGCUGCUUAUCCAAACUUAUCAAAAAUUGUUUGCCUUCUGAGAUCACAAAUGAGUUUGAGCAGGUAUUAAAGGAAACGAAGAAAGGCAAUGCAGCAAGACCAAAGGGUAAUGUCAUGGCUGGUAGAAGCUCAAAUAAUAAGAAAGACAAUAGGCAAAGUAAAGAUGAAAGCAAGCAUAACCCCUUAGAAAAGAAAAAUAUUGCUAAGGGUUUGAGUGAAAGCACAAAGGAACAAAGGAAAUCUGAAGAGGCAGAAACAUCUGAUGUACUCCCAGGAAUUACUGAUUUGCCACAUCCCUGUAGGAGGCAAUGGGAAAAGAGGAUAUCCAAUACUGUACUGGAUGUCCUGGAAAAUGCAUCCCUGCUUUCUUCCAGUUUUACAUCUGAAGAGGCUAAAAGUGGCUGUGUUAUAAACUACAGUGAAAAUAAGCCACGUAAGCAGUGGAACAAGGAGACUCCUCAGACCGUGAUGAACAUUCUCAGUAAUGCAGAUGUCAGCUUAGCAUUUAAAACAUACACAAUUUAUAAACCAGCUUCUGAAAAUAUAUUAAGAGGUCCACUUUCCAAUGAGACUGAAGCAUCUGAUGAAAUAGAUGGUGAACAUGAAGCUAUUGUCAUAGAUUCUGAGAGACUUGAGCCUAGAUCUGACGAAGAUGACACGUAUGUCCAAAUGACAUCCUUGUAUUUUUGUUUUCUUUGGGACUUUGAGGAAGAUGACCCAGACUGGGUGUCGGAACUGAAAAAG